AUGAGGAAACGUCUGAUCCAAAUACUUGGCUUCUUGAUUUCAUCACUGGGAUGGCUGUUUGUGCUGUGCACAAUGGCUAUGGACUAUUGGAGGAUCACCCAAAUAGGAGGACAAGGAGGCUCCUUUAUAAUCAAGGUGGCCUGGUACUGGUCUAACCUGUGGAAGGACUGUUUCACUGAUUCCACGGCUGUCACCAACUGUAGAGACUUCCCUGUGCUCUGGAGUGUCACCCCUUACGUUCAGGGAGUACGAGGAUUGCUAAUGUGCGGGUUAACUCUUGGAUUCUUUGCUGUAGUACUUUGCUUUGUUGGGAUGGAGUGCACUUUUAUUGGUGGAGCUGAUAAAACCAAGGACAAACUGCUUCUUGCUGGAUCAGUGUUUCAUAUUGGUGGCAGUAUAUCAGAUGUUUCUGCCUACUGCUUGUACAUCAACAGGAUUGCCAGAACAGCCUUUGCUGCCAGUGUUCCACAAGGAAUCUUGCGGUAUGACCUAGGACCUCCCAUAUUUCUAGGAUUGGUGGGUUGCUUUUUAAUCCUUUUAGGAGCUCUGUUUUAUGCUGUCACCGUCUACCGAGUAAUUUGGCCUGAAAGUCAGGUGGUAUAUGCCUAUGGAGGAGGCACAUACGCGGUCCCUCGCUCCAGGGGAAGAACCCUGUACACUGGAUACUACCAACCCAGGCAGUAUGGAUCUUAUAUGGGCUCAGGACGAUCCAGCAGCUCCAAGAUCUCAAAACUUUCUCAGACAACACCAACGAAAAUCUCAGAAAGAGAUGCAUUUGUGUAGAAAUCAAAACUGACAAACACAACAAGACACAGAAGCUCCAAAUCUGAUUAAAUAACAAUCAGCUUAUUGCAUACUGUAAAUUAGGAAUGUCCGUUUUGGUUAAUCUUGCUUUCAAUUGACUAUCGCACAUUUACUGGUAGCUAUCAGUUUAAUUUUUAAGGGGCAAAAAGGGAUGAAA